GUAAUAAUUGCAUCUAACCAUUAUUUAGUAGGAUUGUAUCCCCGAGUAUUCUUCAACCACCGGAUAAACAAUAAUCCACUUCAUCCAUCAUUAACAAUCUAUCAAGAAACCGUAAUCCGCACUUUGAAAUGGGCAUUUAAUUCACCAUUAACUUCUAUUCGAAAAAACGUAUCACUUUUCGAGUCGUUUAUGAAAAAAUUUAAAUGCACUGAACCAAUAGAACCAUUAAUUGACGAUAUCGAUACCGAUUUAAACGGAUAUUGGUUAGGUGCUGAGACUUGGCAAGGUCAACCUCCAGAAGCUAUUUUGUUAUACGUUCAUGGUGUUCAAUCUUUAUGUUUUUUAUUACAAACUUUAAGAACAAAGUAUAAUAAACAUAUUAGAGUGUUAACUAUCGACUAUGAACUAGCAUCCGAUGAGCCGUUCCCCGUUGGAUUAAAUUAUUUGGAACGUGUUUAUCGAUGGUUGGUUUCUAGUGAAGAUGUUGAAGAUACUUUUGAUAUUAAUGAUAUAAAGAAUAUAGAUGAAAAUAAUGAUAUAAAGAAUAUAGAUGAAAGCAAGAAUUUAGAUGAAAGCAAUAAUAUAAAGAAUUUAGAUGAAAGUAAUGAUACUGAAACUGGAAUUAGUUCGAGAAAAGAGGUUGAAAGUAUUGAUACUAGGACUAAUGAAAAAGUUGAAGAAUCCAAAGAUGGAAAAAAUUCUCUUGUUUUAGAUUCAUAUAAUGACCAAAUGUUAAAUCAUGACAGUAAUAUAGAUAAUGAAAUACGAACUGAUUUAGAAUUACGUAAUAAUAACAUUCUUGAAGCAUACAAUAAAAUCGACUCUCGAAUUACUUCAGUUACUUUAGAUAAUAAUGAUUCAAAAUCACUUUUUGAUAGUAUUCUUGAUGCAUAUG